CUGGGGCCCUUCAUUGUCAAUUAUGCAGAACACAAUUUUCAAAUUUCAACAUAGAAAAAAAGUUUACUUAACGUCUUGGUAAGUGCAUGAACAUAUAUGGUGAGAGCUGAAGUAUAUGAGUCUGCAUCAUAAAACUACAGUUAAUGAUGGAAGCUGCAUCUAAAUGCAGAAGGUACAGAAAGGGUGUAUCUAUGAAUGGGUCCAAAAAUAUCUCUAGUUCUCAGUCAAAUGAGGAAGCAAAGGUUACUUGUAGAUGUUUCAAAGAAGAGUGUCACUGCUUAUUGCGCUCGAGAACAAACUCACACUUUGGCAAUUCAACUUUGGGACCGCACAGUUCAAAGAAAGAAUGUGGAAUAUGCUGUCCAGUGAAAAAAUUUGGAUCCAAAUUGUUGAAACUUGGUAAUCUAGGAGGUUCAAACAAAAAUGAAAAUUUGCUUAGUGGGUCAUUAUCUCAUUCAGUGGCCUCUUCCUCAGCGUUUUCUAGCACUAGCAGGUAUAAUAAACGAGCGGUUCUCUGUGGAAUUUCUUACAGAAGGAAAUUCAGACUCAGAGGAAUCAUCAAUGAUAUUAGUAACAUGAAGGAACUGCUGAUCAAGAAUUUUGACUUUCCAAAUGAGUGCAUACGAAUCCUCACAGAAGAUGAACAAAAUGGCAAUUUGAUACCAACGAAACACAACAUAAUGGAGUCUUUAAGGUGGCUUGUGAAGGACUGUGAAGCAGGAGACUCAUUAGUGUUUUACUUCUCGGGACACGGUUCUCAGCAGCCAGAUUUCAAAGAAGAUGAAAUUGAUGGGUUUGAUGAGACUCUUUGCCCUGUUGACUAUUUGAUAGAAGGAAUGAUCAUUGACAAUGAAAUCAACUCCACCAUAGUUUGGCCACUAAAGAAAGGUGUCACACUUCAUGCCAUUGUUGAUGCAUGUCAUAGCGGCACAAUUCUUGAUCUUCUCUUUGUUUAUAAUCAAGAAAGUGGCAUUUGGGAGGAUAACAAGCCCCCUUCAAAAGAACCUAUAAGAAAACAUUCGAGUGGUGGAUUGGCGAUUUGUCUGAGUGCUUGUGAAGAUAAUCAGACAGCUUGUGAUAGCUCUGUUUUUGGUGGAAAGGGAAUGAAUGGUGUUCUGACUUAUCUUUUCACAAAAGCAAUAAGAGAAUACCCUGGAAUAACUUAUGGGGGUCUCCUACAAAAUAUGCAUCAAGAGAUUAAGAAGAUUAGCCGAAGUAAAUGCAAUAACCGCAUAUUGCCACAUAUCUUCAAUCGUAAAAUUGCACAGGAUCCUCUUCUAUCAUCAUCAGAGAAAUUUGAUGUUUCUACGACAAUGUUGUCCUUGUGAGAUUAGUUAACUUGAAUAUUUGUUUUGAAUAACUUGAAGCUUAGCAACAAUUAAUGGUUGUGGUAUUGAGGAAAA